UUACCUGAAUUAAAUCCGAAUUGGAUUCAUUUUGGACCAAGUUCGAACGAACCUGAAUUAGGUUCAAAUAAACCUGAAUUAGGUUCGAACAAACCUGAAUUAGGUUCAAAUGAACCUGAAUUAGGUUCGAACGAAUCUGAAUUAGGCUUAAAAAAACCUGAAUUAGGUUCGAAUGAACCUGAAUUCUGUUCAAACGAACCUGAAUUAGGUUCAAAUGAACCGGAAAUAGGUUUAAUUAACCUGAAUUAG